AUCGGAAGUUCCGGAACUCUCAACCCCCAUGUCUGACCACGAGCACGAACACGGCGUUUCGAUGGACACGGAUGCCGAGAUGCACCAUGUAGAGGACUUCCAGGUCGCCUCGCCUGAUCCAGAAGCCACAGAGGAACGGCCAGCACCAGGCGUGCCAGAUGAAAACGUACCCGCGGAGAGAACGAAGCGGAAGCCCAAGCCCACUGAGCCGCUGGCACGCGAGCCGGGCAAGUCGCUCUUUCCUGUGUCGCGCAUGCAACGCGUACUCAAAGCAGAUAAGGCACGUCUGUUCCAUCAUGCUACCUUGAGGAAGGCUAAUGGCAGCGGCAAUGAGUAG